AUGGCUUCCAACAUCUUCUCUCGGCUUGCCCCGCCAUCUCGAGGCUCGAGGUCGUUCUACGAAGAACUAAGGGGCGGACGGAAUGGUGAUAUGGACAUUGAAGAGCAAGCAGGUCUGGAUGUCGACGAAGAAAACCUGAAAGAGCGUUUCCAAGACUACGAUCUGGACCACAUACAAGGCCUUGCUACCGAAGACAGUCGAGCGACCCUAGAGAGCAAUACCAACAUCCUCAACAGCCCUCCCGGCACAACUGGCCGCGGAACACAGCGUGGGGGAGACAGACAAGAGCCUGGCUCCAGGUGGCUCAGCCAAGAAGAUGACGGCGACAACGACGUUCCUGCAUCUCUGCUAGUCGAGCCACAAGAGGCUGAUGUGGAGGCAAAAGGAACUGCGCGGAGGAAACCAACUAUGCCAGCAAGGCAGAAUGCCAUUCCUGGCCCCUCCAACCGACGGUCUCAAGCCCAGUGGGAGACGACAAAGGCGCAACAGAGGCUUCAUCCUACAGAUAGCAUCAAGCCGAUUAGAUCUCAACCAAAGCGCAUCGCUAGGGGCCUUGCGUCUGGAAGCGAGAAAGAGAAGGCCCUUUGGAGAUGGGUGAAUGUUUCUAACCUUGACUUCUUCGUUCAGGACGUCUACCACUACUACCGAGGCAGCGGCUUCUGGUGUAUUGUAUGUGCUCGGGCGCUACACCUGAUGGAAUCCGCCUUCUUCGCCGUAUUCCUUACCUUCCUGACUCAGUGCGUCGAAUACACCAAAAUUCCUAACAGCGAUUCGCUGAAGGAGGUCACGAUUCCCCAGUGCACCAGAAAAAUGUCGUUCAUGUGGAACAUCGGCCUUUGGCUCUAUGUCUUUUACUUCAUAUGGAAGGCAGUCCAAUUCACCAUGGACCUCCGGCGUCUCAGCAACAUGCGAAACUUCUAUGUUCACCUCCUUGAGAUACCAGAGGAAGAUAUGCAAACUGUUUCUUGGCAAGACAUUGUUGCCCGGGUCAUGGCACUGCGGGAUGCCAAUCCCAAAACCGCUAUCAACGUCAAUCCGUCGGCGCGGCAAUGGAUGCGCAAUCAGUCCAAGGAAAGGCUAGACGCCGCAGAUAUCGCCAACCGUCUCAUGCGGAGGGAAAACUACUUGAUAGCCAUGAUGAACAAAGACAUCCUCGACCUUACGCUCCCGAUACCCUUUGUGAGGAAGCAUCAGUUCUUCUCAAGGAGUCUUGAAUGGAACCUACAUUUUGCCAUUCUCACAUUUGUCUUCGACGGGAACAACCAGGUACAUCAGGAAUUCCUCAAAGCCGAUCGCCGGGGCCUGUUAAGCGCGAAGCUGAAAUCGCGGCUCGUAUUCGCCGGCAUCAUCAACUUGCUGAUCGGCCCUUUUGUGGUUGCAUACCUCAUUGUAGUGCAUGCAUUCACAUACUAUAAUAUUUGGCUGCAGGAGUAUCAGAAAGACCCAUCGACCUUUAGUCACAGGCGAUAUACGCCUCUCGCCGAGUGGAAAUUUCGAGAGUUCAACGAGGUUCCGCACCUCUUCCAAGAGCGUAUCAACAUGUCGUACCCGUUUGCCAGUCGUUACAUUGAUCAGUUUCCAAAGAAAAUGACGGAGCAAUUCGCCAGAACGGUAACUUUUGUUGCGGGGGCCAUCACUUCCGUUCUUGCUGUUGCAUCGUUUCUCGAUCCUCAGCUUUUCCUCGGGUUUCAGAUCACUACAGACCGAUCGGCGUUGUUCUAUAUCGGUCUGUUUGCUGCGAUCUGGGCGGCUGCCAGAGGUAUGAUAUCGGAAGAGACGACCGUGUUUGAUCCAGACUAUGCUCUGCGCAAUGUCAUUGAAUACACUCGUUACAUGCCCGACAACUGGAAAGGCCGUCUACACACAGCCGAUGUCAAACGAGAGUUUUCAGAACUUUACAAGCUGAAGAUGCUAAUUCUCAUCGAGGAGAUCCUCGGUAUUCUCACUGCCUCCUUUGUGUUGCUUUAUUCAGCGCCCAAAUGCAGUGACCAGAUCAUUGACUUUUUCCGAGAAUUCACCAUCCACGUGGAUGGGGUUGGUUACAUUUGCUCAUUCGCCGAGUUCGAUUUCAAGAAGGGCGUGGGCAAGGCGAAGCAACCAGCUGGCGCUGGCGAUGUCCGGGAAGACUAUUAUUCCACGAAACAUAACAAGAUGGCCGCGUCUUACUACGGCUUCCUAGAUAACUAUGUCAUCAACCCGAAGACUGGUAUACCAGGCCACCUACCUCCCGGAAGUCGACAACCAUUCCAUCCUCCGCCGGCGUUCCCAGGACUGAGCUCUCCGACGUUGGCGGCCGACAUGCAGAGCUCUAGGAUGGGCCGACAAGAUCUUGCGAAGAGCCGAGCAGCUGGGGGUGGACCUGGUCAACAAGUCCGAACGCCGAGGUUCGGACCAUCAAUGACGGCUCCAUCGCCGAUGGCAUCGAUGCUUCUAGACCCGCAUCACCAACCUGCUGCGACAGGGUUCGGCGUUCGAAGUACGCAUCGGAGCCGAGGGGUGCGGGGCGGAUAUCAAAGCGAAGGGAUCAUUGAAGAGUCGACGGAAGACGGCUUGGGCAUAGAUAGCCGCUUGCAAUCGCAAGUUGCACAUGACGACGAAGCCUUUGACGGCUCGGGGCCUCUGGGAGAGUCUGUCUGGGAGACAUCACCUCCAAAGGGGCUGAGCCGUGAGAACAGUAUGGCGGACACGGGCGAGCAAGACGCGGGGGUGUUGGGGCUAAUCUACCAGUUCCAGCAGGCCCACCGCAACAACCCGCAGAGCGGAGGAGCACUAUGA